AAUAUUUUUAUCUAACGUACAUAAUGAGUUCGGCGCUUCAACAAAAGCUUUUGCAAAUUCCCGAAGAUUCCAUGGAGCAUAUACAGAAACGAUACGGUUACGAUGAAAGAAAAAUGAAUGAGGCCGUCGAUAUUCUGGCGGAAUGGCUGAAGAAACAGAAUCAUUUCGUGAAAAAAGAUUUUCCAAGGACAUAUUUAGAAAUGAGCAUAUUAGGAAGCAAGUGCUCUAUCGAAAGGACUAAAUCUAGGCUAGAAAAAUUGUUUACUCUCCAUAGUGUUCUACCGAAGUUUUAUGGUUUCGAGGAUAUUAGGAAGGAUUUUGAAAACCUGUUCUUCUGUUCAACGUUAAUUGUAUUGCCCAAAUUAAUAAGUUAUCAUAGAAUACUUUUCUUGAAAUCGAUCGGGAACGAAUUCUUUGAUAAAAUUCCGUAUUUAGAUUAUUACAAAUUGAUUAUUGCGUACAUAGAUUAUCUCAAGAUGUAUGAUUGUGCGGAUGGAUACAUAAUAAUUGUCGAUUACAGAGACAUAAGCAUUAUGAAUUUGUUAGCUCGACUCAACCCAGUAGAAUUAAAGGAGUUUACCACAAUAAUUUUGGAAGGUUACGGACUAAGAAUAAAAGGGAUUCAUAUAUUGACUCCUUCGAAAACAAUCGACGCUUUCUUAAAAAUAGUGAAACCGUUAUUCAGUCCUAAAGUGGCAUCCAGAUUCCAAGUGCAUGAAACAUUGGAAUCACUGCACCAGGUGAUAUCUCAGCGAAUACUGCCCAAAGAACUGGGAGGGAUGGAUCGAUCACUAAAAGAAAUACAAGAGGACUGGAUCGAUCUGUUGAGUUCGAAGGAAAGCUCAGAAUACUUUUGUGAAAUGAAAAAAGCUCAAGUCAACGAGGCGUAUAGGGUGAGGGAAAUGAAAAAUGAAGACAUGGGAUUGCCAGGCACUUUCAGAACUUUGAGCGUCGAUUAAAAUAUACCUAAAAGUACAUAUGUAUAUUUCGUGGAAGAAUGAAAGGAUUUUACAGGAAGGAGAUUCAGGGGAAUACGAUUUUAAGUUCAAAAAUAAAAUGUAAUUUUUUUAUAUUUCAAUAUCGUUAGCAUUGUUGGAAUUUAUGUUAUUCGCAUUUUUUUAAUUAUUGAAUGUUAUUAAAAUCCA